AUGGCGUCUCUCAAUCUAUCGGCCAAUGGCGCCUCGAUAUCAAAGAGCUAUCAGUCGGUAGUCGAAUCUUCUAUUUCGGAAAGCGCAAGGGGUUCUCCAACCUACGCAAAGUGGGCAAUCUUCUCGGUUUCAACACCCCUCGUGAGCGCGUUUCAACAGGACGCUGGCAAUAAAGAAAGUAUCCUUAAAGUUCAGGAUUCAGGAGAGGGCGAAUUGGCUGAUCUUAUCGAGGAGUUUUCGGAGGGAAAAAUACAAUUCGCUUUCGUGAAAGUAACGGAUGUGAAUACUGGGCUUCCUAAAAGCGUCCUCAUUGCGUGGUGUGGGGAAGGAGUUCCCGAACGAACAAAGGGCUACUUUACUAGCCACUUGUCCACCGUGUCGAAAUUUUUACAUGGCUACCACGUUCAAAUAACAGCUCGCUCAGAUGCAGACUUGACAGUAGAGGGUGUCAUGCAGAAAGUUGGCGACUCGUCAGGCGCAAAAUACAACCCGAGGCCCGAGCAAUCGACCACUUCUGCCCCCAAGCCCCCCUUAUCCAGCAAGCCGGUUUUUACUCCUCUCCGCACCGGAGGGAUCAGUGCAGGCUCGACCAGUGUCGCCCCAUUACCCGUACGGGUGAAAUCGAGUGAUGACGAUGGAUGGGGACCUGAUGCCCCUCCGAUCACUAGAACAAAUUUAGAAAAGGUUCAGCCGGCUUACCAACCUACUCGGGUGAACAUACAAGAACUCAAGUCGGGGAAACAGACCGACCAAACUUUGAACUCCAGCGGCAUAAAUCCUGAAGAGGAAGAUGUUGUCAAAGGUGGGUAUCAGCCCAUCGGCAAAGUAGAUAUUGCCGCUAUCAGGAGACAGGCACAUGAGACUGGUAACUUAAAGGAUGAUCGACCAGAGCCUGUAAAGGGUGCUUACGAACCAGUGGGAAAGGUUGAUAUUGCUGCGAUUCGUGCUAAGGCGCAAAAUGCAGACGGGACUGCGACGAAAGCGAAAGAAUCCCCUGUUCCAUUUGAUCGGCCUCCCAUUUCGACCACGGGGUCAGAUAUCAACCAAUCAAGCCGGCUCACAUCAUUGCCCAAGCCCAAGGUUUCCAGCAGGCUUGGUGGAGGCUCGGCAUUUACAGGCACGAAGCCGCCUCUUCCCACUGGUAGCGGAGCAAGUGUAGCACCCACUGCCCCUGUAGGAAGUGCUAAUCGAGCCUUUGCCGACCAAGGAGGCAAGACACCUGCACAACUCUGGACGGAAAGGAAGGCUAAAGAACGCAGCCAGGAUUCUGGUGCUGCUAUUACGCCAUCUAACGGCCCCGUAUCCGCCGCUGCAAACCAAAAUAACGGGGGGGACUGGAAGAGCUCUUAUAGUGGGAAAACAUGGGCCCCUGUCCAGACAACACACACCGGAAAGUCUGUUGAAAGCAUUCCCCAUGAGACCACUGGCGCCGCUACAGUGGAAAGCUCAACAAUUGAGCCUAUAGCACCCCAACAAAGUGUUAAUGCUAUCCGAGACCAGCUCACGCAAGGGACAGCAAAGGAAACCUCUAGCUAUGUUGAUGCUUCGCUGCCUGCUUCUCCCUCAGUGCAUAGUACUGGAUUUGAAGCCCCGCGUGCGCCACAGGCUCCCGAGCUUUCCGACCCUCAGCCCCAAACCCCCCAGUCACCCGCGCUGGAUCACUCUGAAGGUGAAGGUUCGCCAAUUCAGGUUGCCAUGCCCGUCGCGAGAGGCACUAGAGAUGAGAACGAAGAACAAUAUCCACCUUCGGUAACCGAGCAUACGAAGAAUCUAGAGCGACGGCCUUCGGACGACGAGGGUCAGCCCCGUGGUGUCCAAGAUGCAAACAUAGCAAUAGAUGCCGCACCUACUGGUGACGCCGAUUUCAGAAAAAUCCGGGCUCUUGUGCAUUACGACUAUGAAAAGGCGGAGGAUAACGAGGUGGAUUUGAAAGAAGGCGAAUACGUCAAUGAAAUCGAAAUGGUAGACAAGGAUUGGUGGCUGGGUCUAAAUGCUCGAGGCGAAAGGGGGCUUUUCCCAAGCAAUUAUGUUGAAAUUAUUGGGGGUGAGCAUCAGGACCGCACCCCAUCUGAAACGCAGCCUGCGCCCAACGCCUUUUCCCCCGGGACUGUUGCCGGUUCCACAGAGGUCCCAGGCUUACGCGCCAAACCUACUGCAAAGGCUCUCUACGAUUAUGAGGCUGCUGAGGACAAUGAGCUCAGUUUCCCUGAGGAUGCUGAAAUCACGAACAUUGAAUUUCCCGAUGAUGAUUGGUGGCUAGGUGAAUACCGUGGUAAGACGGGUCUUUUUCCAGCGAACUAUGUUCAACUUGAUGGCUAG